CCGACUUCCGGCGAUAUCCGAGCGGAGCUUAAAUACAACCUGCCGAUCGAGUCUGAUCUCGGCAUCACUAGAGUCAUAAUCUUGCUCAUCGUACUUAUCAACGAGCAAGCACAUCUUAGACAUCGACCACCAUGGCAGCAGAACAACCAUUGUUCGAUCCCUCGCUCAAGAAACGCAAGAAGAAGGCCGUAGCUUUCACUGAGGACCCGCUAGGUCCUGAAGCAGAUCCUACUACACCUGCACCAACUAUCAUCGAGAACACAACUACCAACGGAGAUGUCGUCGACCUCGGCCCUACCACCCUCCAUGAGCAAAUGAAGCGAAGUCAAAAUGGCGCAGCAGAGAGCGUUGAUGUUGUCGAUGAAGUCAAGGAAGACGAUGACUUCAAGGCCAUGUUUCCAGAGGGCCUCAAGAAGAAAAAGAAGAAGAAGGACAUUCCUAUGGACCUCCCCGAAGAUGGUUCAGGAGCAUCGACUCCAGCUGCUGCACCUGCCCCUGCUGCUACCGAAGAUCUUGACUUCUCUGACAUCAAGAAGAAAAAGAAGUCCACGAAGAAGAAGGCAAUGGAAGACUUCGAGAAGGAGCUCAAUGAGGCAAAGGCAAAAGAUGAUGCUGAUGAGGCUGAAGUUGACGAUGGAGAGCACCUCAAUGACGUAGAUGAAGCAGAUCUCGGGGAUGACCCAUUCGCGCGCAGCGAAGCACCUGCAGGCAUUGACUCUGGCACAGAGCCAUGGCUUGGGAGCGACCGAGACUAUACUUACCCAGAGCUCCUGACACGAUUUUACGCCUCGCUCCAUGCCGCAAACCCAUCAUUACUCACUUCCACCGGUAAACGAUACACCAUCGCACCACCCCAAAUCCUCCGUGAAGGUGUUCGCAAAUCGAUCUUUGCAAACGUCGCAGAUAUCUGCAAGCGGAUGCACAGACAACCAGAGCACGUCAUUCAAUUUCUCUUCGCUGAAAUGGGUACCACCGGUUCGGUGGACGGUUCAGGGCGUUUGGUCAUCAAAGGUCGUUUCCAACCUAAACAAGUCGAGAACGUAUUACGUCGUUAUAUCGUCGAGUAUGUGACAUGCAAAACAUGUAAAUCACCCGAUACGCUCCUCACAAAGGAGAAUCGUAUUUUCUUCAUGUCCUGCGAGUCCUGUGGCUCACGUCGGUCAGUCAAUGCGAUCAAGAGCGGUUUCCAGGCCCAGGUUGGCAGGAGGAAGGCAACAGCGCAAUGAGUUAUCGUCAUGUUACCAGGAAAUGUAUUGCUACGUUCAUCGUUACAUUCAUUAUCAUCAUCAUACACAUCGAACCCUCAAUACAUGGUCUGAUUGAAGAAGC